UAUAUACUGUAUAUGAGAAAGCUUCAAUUAUAACUCGAACAAACAUUGAGGCAAAGCCACAACAAUGUUCUCUCUAAUCUCUUCUCUAUUAUCCCUCCUCUUUCUUAUUCUCAUCCCCUGUCUCUUUAUCACAAGCUAUAAAUGGUUCCCUGCGUUCUUGCCAAAACUCCUUGGACUCAUCAAAUUCAAAGCCGCUCGAGACGGUCAUGAGAACGAGAAACGUGAUGAGGGAACUUGUGUUGUCCGAGAGGAGGAGCUACAAAGAGAGCUGAUGCCGAGGCACGUGGCAUUCAUACUGGAUGGGAACCGUAGAUGGGCCAAACGAGACGGAUUGCUGACGUCACAAGGCCACGAGGCCGGAGCUAAACGGUUUAUAGAGAUCGCCGAGCUCUGCUUCGAACUCGGGAUUCAUACAGUCUCAGCUUUUGCUUUCUCCACAGGGAAUUGGGGAAGAGACAAGGAUGAGGUCAAGUGGCUUAUGUCUUUGUUCCAACACCAACUCAAGUCCAACAGCCAAUACUUUCACAGAAAGGAAAUUCGCGUUUCUGUUAUCGGGAAUCAAACGAAGAUCGAUGAAUCUAUCCUCCAAGAAAUCCAUGAGAUAGAGGAAGCUACGAAAGGCUACAAGAAUAAGCAUCUCAUCGUGGCAAUAGAUUAUAGCGGGAGAUUCGAUAUCAUGCACGCUUGCAAGAGUCUUGUGAAGAAAUCAGAGAGAGGGUUGAUCCGAGAGCAAGACGUUGACGAGGCAUUGAUCGAGAGAGAGCUUCUGACGAAUUGUAGUGACUUCCCAAGUCCUGAUUUAAUGAUUAGGACAAGUGGAGAACAGAGGAUUAGUGACUUCUUCUUGUGGCAACUUGCUUAUACCGAGCUCUUCUUCUCGCCGGUCCUUUGGCCUGAUUUCGAUAAGGAUAAGCUUCUAGAGGCUCUCGCUUCGUAUCAGCGCAGGGAAAGACGAUUUGGUUGUCGGAUUUGAUUCGUUGUUCAUCUCUAUUAUAUAUCCAGUUCAUCUGUGAUUUCUAUCAAACUACUUGCUCUUUGUUUCAUGUAUCAUUAAUAUAUGUCUGUAAAAUCGAAUAAACCCAGUGAUGUGUUUCUUUCUCCUUAGCUUCUCCAUCUAUGCAUGUAUCAGUUUGUCACUAAAA